CCCAUCCCACCCGCUGUCCUCAAACCCAAAAGGUCCAAACGCAGUGCUGAAUUUUGUUUGUCAUAGAACCAGUCUUUCUUUGGCCUCUUAGAUUCUGAGAAGGCUUGUCUACACGAUGGCGACGAUGCCAAAAGGGAUGGAACAUGUUGACCGAAGAGAACUUUACACCUCGCUGCCUGCUCGAGUUUUCUACCUACAGCAAUUUCUUGAAUUUGGUGCAGGUAAGCAUUUGUAGUCAUUGACCCUUGUGUCGGACGCUCCUCCUCUCAUACUCGGGCAGAUGAUGUGGCUGCCCUUAGCGAGGGACAGAAGUAUAUCAAAGCCAUAAUACCAGCGAUCGUGAACAUGGUCUACAAGAAGCUACUGCGGCACGACAUCACUGCUAGAGUCUUCAGCACCAGAGACAGUCGUAACGAGGAAGACCCGGACCGUUGGAUCGGUGAAGAAGAUGCUCAGAUUAGGCACAGGAAGAUGUUCCUGAGAUGGUAUCUCACAAAGCUCAAUUCCGAUCCUAGUAAAAUGGAGUAUUGGCAGUAUCUGGACAAAGUUGGAUUGAUGCAUGUGGGUAAAGGCCGGAAGAACCCUCUUCAUGUCGACUACAUAUUCCUCGGUGCCUGUUUGGGUUAUAUACAGGAUUCGAUGACGGAGGCUAUUCUGUCGCACCCCCGACUGGAUCUGACACAGAAGAUCGCGAUCGUCAGGGCUAUCGGCAAAGUGAUCUGGAUCCAGAAUGACCUGAUGGCAAAAUGGCACAUUGAGGAUGGUAAAGAGUUCGCCGAUUCAGACUGGAACGAUGAAUUGCAAGCCGAAGCACAACAGCCAGAAGGGUACGUGAACGGCAAGAGAGUGUUGGGCAAGGUAGACGAGGACGACAGCUCUAUUGAUGGGACAGCGUCAUCCAUAUCCUCGGAAAAGAGUACGACCAGUCUAGGACGGACAAUGGAACAGGUCCGACUGAGUAACGAGCAGAGCAAAUGUCCAUUCAGCGGGAUGGCGAAUGGCGGCCAUGAGUUGAACAGCCAGAGAGCUGCAACGUGGAGACCGCGAAGGGAUGAUCCCAUGGUGCCACCCUCUUCACCAACGGGAAUACCACGUUUGCGUGUCAUUGAUGGAAAGACGGUCGGAAAGGAAAAACUCGGCCUCAGUCCUUUUGAGUAGCAAUAGCAAAACAAAACCACUCAUCUUACGAGAGACUGCCAAUGCUCUUCCGCGAGUUUUUCUGUCAAAGUCGAGACGUGAAGAGCCUCAGUAGCCUAGGUAUAUGACAUGGACGAACAAUGGACAACUAACUG